UUUUGUGACGUCACUCCUGACAACACAAUAUACAAUAUGGCGGCGAUGGUCAGGCUGCAUCGCCAAACUGACCAAAUUGUCGAGGAGUCAUAUCAAAGGAAAAAUGAAGCAGAAAAUCAACGUGAUAAAGAGUUUGUUGCUGCUCUUAAAGUACAGGCAUGGUUCAGAGGAUCCAGAACAAGGUCCUAUAUAACACAUCUGAACAGUAGUGCCAACAUAAUACAAAAGCGAUGGCGAGGAUAUCUGGGGCGUCGCCACUUCAGAGUUCUGGUAAAAAAUAGUGUACUUAUAAUGAAGCUGAAUCACUACAAUGAAAAAGCAACAAAGAUCCAGAAGAUGUGGCGUGGAUACUACAUCAGAAAAUAUGUGUUUAACUACCACAGCAGAAAGCGAUAUCUUGAAGCCCUACAAAUCAAAAACGAGAUUGUCAGGAGUGAAUUGGAGGAAUAUGCAGAACAGCAGGAACAGAUCGCGUACAGGAAGAGGGAGGCACAGGAAGCCAAGAAGAGGGAAUAUCAGGCACGCAAGUACCACUUCCUGAUCAGUACAGAGGUCAUCCCCGGUAUCUUCAACUCACCCUUCCUACCGUACCCUUCAGAGAAAGAAUACAUCUUACGGAGUGUAAAACCUUUAGUGCACAAAAAGAAAAAACCUGAAAAAGAUCCUUAUGAUCCAGUGUGCCGGAGUUAUGAUCUCCCUAAACCAAUGCAGUUACCUCCCCUUCCAGAAAAACCACAGGGACCAUUCCGAGACCCUAGUGAUGUUCAGAAACAACGCUACAAGCCGUUCCAGCAGACGUUACGUGUUUCCACCUCCUAUACUGCCCUAGAGGAGGCUCGACAGGCAAUGAAGGCAGAGGAGUGGGUCACUAGACUCAAUGACAACACAUUUGUGCCGUUCUCUAAAAAGGACCAAAGAUAUGAGCCCAUGCUGCACACGACAUCACAAUAUGGACAUCUACCCUUCGGUACACAUUUCUACCGUGAGGAGUUCCUAGACAAACAUAUUGUCCCACAGAGUUUCAAGACCUUGGUACCCCCAAUUCCCAUAUUUGACAAACUCAAUGACACCUACUCACAGGGCCAAGUGUGACCACUGGAAACUGCUCUACUGGAUUAGUGAGACCAAACUGGACAUACUCCUGACCACUGCUGAGACACUUUGAAGAGCUAUAGCAGGGAUUAGAAUAAUUCUAAAAUUCAUUGUCAACAAAUGUUGUGAGGCUCAAUCUACGCUGAUGAAACGGUGUUAAUUAUGAAAUGUCUUUCAACUGCUGUUUUUGGCCUGUAUGAGCACAUGUACAUUUGGGGGUGGGGGGAGGCUAUUCCAAUUCUGACUUUUAGCAGUGUCAAAUAACUGGAAGGUAAAUAUGGCUACACAAACUUGUAUAGAAAUUAUGUCGCCCUGAAUAGGUCACAUUUCAGUAUAAUUAUCUAGUAGCCACAGCUUACUGUGUAAAUGGACACAUAAAAAGGUAUGUUACAUGAGUUGAUAGGUAUGGUACAGACCUGUAACACACUACAGACUGCCAGUGUUGUUUUGUGUAUGUAUUGGUAUUAUACAACCUUAAAUUGAAGCAAUUCCACUAGAAUGUGAUAUAGCAGAUCCGUCCAGAUUGUAAGUUUACAGAUCAUUGUAUUGUAAAACAAGCUAUGUUAGUCUACAGGCUGUGAAACUUUAUUGUAGAUAUAUGAUUUGUUUAACAAUUGUAUUUGUAAAGAUGUACAGUAAUUUUGUAUGUAAUAAAACUUUUGAAAACCUUU